GCAAUAUUAUGUAUCAUUCAGUUAGUAUACUUUCAGCAUUCAUUUUCUUUCAUGUUGAUUGUAAACUGUGACGAUGAAUCAUAAAAUGAUCCCACUGCUUAUUCUGCUCAUCAUAUCUACAUGUUCCCAUGGUUUGAACAUUCUUGUGAUUCUUCCACAUGUAGGCAAAAGCCAUCAACUAGUCUUUGAGCCACUCCUGAAGCAACUAGCACUGAGAGAACAUAACCUCACAGUAAUCACACGGUUCCCUCAGACGAAGAUCACACCUAACUGGAGAGAUAUAAAUAUAGGGGAUGAUGAAGUGGCUACCGAAUUUUUAGAUAUAGAUGUCGAAGCUGGGACUAGGCUUACUCAGUUUGCUUGUCGUCUACUGCUUGUAGAACUAGGGAAGCAUUCAUGCGACGAUGGGCUAGGCAAAAAGGAAUUACAAAUGUUUCUGAAGGAAAACAAUCAGUUCGAUUUGGUGAUGGUGGAAAUCUUCAACACGAAUUGCUUCAUGGGUCUAGUCAAGCUAUUUGAUGCACCAGUGAUAGGAUUGUCUUCAUCUAGACCACCCACAUGGAUCGAAAGAUGGUUCGCGAAUCCAGAAAACCCUUCUUACAUCCCAACUACUUUCACCGGCUUUUCUGACAGCAUGACUUUUCUACAGAGGGUGGAAAACACUCUCUCAUUGGUCUGGGACAAGUUGAUAUACGAAUAUUUCAUAGCUGGGCCUGGUAACCACUCUUCUAGGAGAUAUUUGGGAGUAGAUAUAUUGAAGGAGUUUGAUGCAAUGUACAACGUCAGUCUUCUCCUAACAAAUACUCAUUUCAGCUUGAAUCUUCCCAGGCCGUUCGUACCUAAUAUCAUAGAAGUAGGUGGGAUUCACAUCGAAGAGCCCAAAGAAAUACCAAACAAAAUAGCAAAGUUCAUGAAUGAAUCGUCUGAGGGAGUUAUCUACAUGAGCAUGGGUUCAACUUUGAGAGGAAACAGCUUUCCAUCCGACAAAAGAAAUGCAUUUCUGAAAGUAUUUUCCCGUAUCCAACAAAGGGUGAUCUGGAAAUGGGAAACGAACUUGACAAAUAAACCUGUGAAUGUUGAAACUUUCAGCUGGACGCCACAAAGAGAAAUUCUGUGUCACCCCAACAUGAAAGUCUUCAUUUCACACGGAGGACUUCUAGGAACGAUUGAGGCUGUCUAUUGUGGAGUACCUGUUAUCGUGAUUCCUCAAUAUGGAGACCAGCCUCUAAAUGCCAAAGCCUUAGAAAAAGUUGGUGGGGGUGUAAUCCUCUAUUUGCAGGAUGCUACGGAGAAAACGAUUCUGCAGUCACUCAACAAAGUUUUGAGUCCCAAGUUCAAAAAAAGUGCUGAAGAUUUAUCAGAAAGAUUCAAGGACCGUCCUUUAUCACCAAUGGAAACGGCGAUUUACUGGAUCGAAUAUGUGGCAAAAUACAGGGGAGCACCGCAUAUUAGGACAGCUGCAGUACUGAUGCCUGCCUAUCAGUACCUGUUGAUAGACGUUAUAGCAUUCAUUGCAUUAAUUGUAAUAUCUUUCAGUUAUUGUAUGUAUAAGAUCGCUGCUUCAGUGUUUUUGAAAUUGAGGAGACGAAACAAAAUUAAGACUUCGUGAUUAGUUGGAUUUAUUAUCUCUCUGUUUUGAACUCGACUGCAUUGCCAUUGUUUCAUGGGCAAAUACAAUAAGAUGAAGUGGAUUUCACAAUGUUGUUGUUCAAUGUGGAUAUUUUAGUCAUCGAGGAGUAAUAUUAUUAAUUUCUAUUUUAUUUUGUACUAUGUAUUUAUAACCUUGAAUUCAAACCGAAUAUAAAACGUAUUCUCUUUUCAUUUCAUCAAUUCAUUGUAUGUAUGUUUCAGUCAAUGAAAUAUUGAUUCAUGACGAAAAUAUUGGUUCGAUGAAAUAUUUCUUCUGGGUAAACCGGAAUUCAGCAAUGGUUCUAGGGACUGUAAUAUAAAAAUUAUAUCGUCCCACGGAGUUAU